AAAAGGCAGAAAAAGUGAAUCGGUAAGAUAAGAUAUUUGUGGAAGGAGUUCCCUGCUUCUGUCGAGAAUACCGUGAAGACAUAACUUCAAGAAACAUAUCAGUCCUUUAUCAAAGGAGACCAAGAUGUUUGACUUCGACCCGUGGGAGGCUUUCUUAAGCGCGUGCGCGAGUGGCAACGUGAGCGGGGUACUGGAGGCUAUCGCGCAGGGCGGAAGCGAUUUCGUGCGGCGGCAAGCUGAGCCUCGCGUGGGAGGCGGUACUGGACUCAUGGUUGCCUCCGCUCAUGGGCAUGAAGACGUCGUACGAGAGCUGCUGAAAGCUGGCGCAGACGUGCUCGCUACCGAUGGACUGUACCGCAUGUGCGCUCUCCACUAUGCUGCGCAUCGGGGAAACGCGGCGGUGGUUGCAUUGCUACUGGGGAACAAUUUGUCGGGGUCGGUCGGCUGUUCUUCAGCAUCAUCGUCGCCAAAAUCGUCAAGACAAGCCGUUUAUAUCGUAGACUCCGCGGGAGAGACGCCCUUGGGAGUUUGUGUUGCCGGCUUUGAGCAGAUUGUGACUCCGUCGCGGGCAGUCGUGAGCAGCGGCAAAAAACAGGCAAAAUCGCGAGGAGGACGAUCGGCCUCACCGACACGCAGGGCCAGCGAGAGCCCGAGAAUGGACCGCAAGAGAAGCGAAAGCAAUGCCAGCCUCACGGAUGCGAUUGUGGACAUCGCGCCGGACCAUGCGAAGUGCCUGGAGUUGUUGCUUGACGCUAACGCAAAUCCUUUGUUUUGUGGCGCACGGGCUGACAGCACUCCUUUGGACAAGUUGGCGCGCGGCGGACUCGGCCUCAUAGCUGAAGGUGCUGGUUCUUCUACACUCGUCCGUGUUCUUAGAGGGCACCGGAGUGGUGCUGGGAGUCUGACAGAAGCGUCGAAUGCUGACCCGCUGUUUCGUUUCCAUACUGUUGAGGUGCAUCGCGAGAUGCACGACCUGUUGGAGCAGUGGUUGAUGGAAAUUACAAACUCAAUGUUGGAAGACGCGCUGAUUCCCGAGGUUGCAAACGCCCUGUGUGAGCAGGAUUCCGUAAUAGCUAUCAACGAGAUGGCACCGCAGCCGACGACUGCAGGGGCAACAGCAACUGCGGGAGGCUCACCAGGUAAAACUGCUUUAAGCAGGUUCCAUGACCUGCGACGCAAUGAUCCCGCUCCCGUGGUACUAUCUAGGCGGCAAUUCGUGAAGUACGAAUCGGCUGCGAGAAAAGAAGCCACAUUGAAAAAAGCAGGUGUGUACAGAGUCUUUGGUCUCCCAAAAACAAGUACUCUCAGAGACCAGCUUGAUUCUGCGGAUCAUACUGCUGCUGCUUAUUAGAUGGCAAGAUGAAUUUUCUUUUUCUCGAAAAAUGUAUACAAUGCGCGCACUGUUUGAAGUUAAGAAAAGAGCUAUAGUAUCUGUGAUCGACGAACAAGGGAAGCGCAAAAGUAACUAG